GUGUGAUGAUUUAUGAAUAUUUUCUCCAAAUAAAAUCCUGUUUUGGACCUGAGCGGGAGUUUAUGCCGCCGUGGAUUAAUCCUGGGAUUAGCGCGCAAAUGGACGUUCAUACAAAUGGAUGAUAAAUUGUGAAGGAAUGCAAAAAGAUGGGAAGGGCAGCCUGCCUCGCAUCUCAUGUGUUCGUGCAGUUCAAAUGAUUCCUCGUCCUCGAGGUGAAGAGAGAAAAUCAGAGAGCAGAAGAUGGAGGAGAAAACAUAUUUCCAUUCUGUGAUAUUUGAGAUGAUGUUGAAUGCAGUGCUUUCCGUUUUGGGGGUAAAAAAAAAAAAAAGAAAGAAAAGAAAAGAAAAAAGCAACCCUAAAAUGCCUCAAGGUUUCUCAUUCGCAAUGAAACUGCUUCAUUCCUUUUUCCUCGGUGUUUUUAUGGCUCGUUGAGAGCAUGAUGAAAAAUGCAGUCGCCGCUGCACUUACCCACUUUGACCGCCAAGCGUCGCUCUUUCUCCAUCAGAGGAGGACGAGCCGCUCUUCUCUCGCCAUGCAUUGAGGCCCCUCCCGGUUUCAGAUGCUGGAAGAGGAGAGAGAUCCUUUCAGUCUUUGUUAUAAAGAGACGGAGGACGGGAGGAACAAACGCGGUGCACGCGGCAAAAUACGGAAUCGUUUGGAAUUCACGCUUUGCAAAUAUUGGACAGAAAUAUGCCUUGCAGAUGGAGAUUUGGGGGGAUUUAUUUGGGGCUUCUUCUACUGGAGUGUUACUGGGAAACGGCAUCCGGACAGCUCUCUUAUUCCAUCCCGGAGGAGUCAAACCCCGGCACCGUCGUUGGAAACAUCGCCAAGGAUUUCGAUAUCAACGUGCAGGACCUGCACUCCCGAUUGUUCCAAAUUGCUGCCACCGCAAAGAAGAAAUUCCUUGAGGUCAAUCUACAGACCGGAGCGCUUUAUGUAAAUGAGAGAAUCGACAGAGAGGAGCUCUGCGCGGAGGAGGUGAAAUGCUCCAUCGGCGUGGAGGCUGUAAUAAACAAUCCGCUCAAACUCUACCGCAUCGACGUCGACAUUUUAGACGUUAACGACCACGCGCCUCUGUUCGCCGCCAAAACGCAGCAUUUAUACAUCGCAGAGAGCGCAUUGCCGGGCGUUCGAUUCGCAUUGUCUGAAGCCAGCGAUGCGGAUGCGGGUAAAAACAGCAUCGGCGCGUAUAGAUUGAGUCAAAACGAGCAUUUCUCAUUGGCGGUGCACAAAGCCGGCGACGGCGGCGGCGGCGCCGGCGGCGGCGUCUCGGCUGAGCUGGUGCUGAAGAAAGCUUUGGAUCGAGAGACGCUGCCCCGCGUCGCAAUGACGCUGACGGCUGUAGACGGUGGCAGCCCGCCCAAGUCUGGCACGUCGCAACUGAUAGUCAACGUUUUAGACAUCAACGACAACAUUCCGACCUUUACCGAGUCUCUAUAUAAGGCGACAGUGACAGAAAAUGCGCCAAUUGGCACGAGAAUCGUGACGGUGAACGCCACUGAUGCCGACGACGGUUUAAACAGCGAGAUCGCGUAUUCCUUAAGAAGCAAAGAUCAAGAUCACGUGCUCGACGUAUUUGAAAUCGAGGGUGAAACGGGUGUGAUUAAGGUGAAAGGUCAAAUUGACUACGAGGAAAAAAGAGCCUACGAGAUAAGGGUGGAGGCCAGCGAUAAGGGCAACCCUCCCAUGUCCGCUCACUGCAAAGUGCUGCUCGAGGUGCUGGACGUCAACGACAACGUUCCCGAGGUCACGUUGACGUCGUUGAAAAACGCCGUGCCAGAGGACGCCGGCGCGGGCACCGCAGUGGCACUGGUGUCGCUUUCUGAUCAAGACGGCGGUGAGAACGGUCGUGUAAUUGUACAGAUUCAAAACGACGUUCCAUUUAAACUGGAAGCAAAUUACAAAAACUCUUUUUCUCUGCUCGUUGCUGAGCCGCUAGACAGAGAAAGCGCAGCGCACUACAACAUCAGCAUCGUGGCCAAAGAUAAGGGAAGUCCACCUCUGUCCAGCACAAGCGUAUUUUAUGUUAAUGUGUUGGACGUGAACGACAACAAGCCUCGCUUCUCGGAGCCCCUCGUUAAUGUUUACAUCAAAGAAAAUAGUCCGCCGGGAGCGCUAAUACAUAAAGUGACUGCGGUCGAUGACGACGUCCAUCAAAACGGGCGCCUGACUUACUCGUUGCUGCAAAGUAGCACCGACUCGAUUCCGAUAACGACGAUGCUAAACAUCGACUCGGAGAGCGGCGACAUCGUCACUUUGCAGUCGUUCGACUACGAGGCGCUGAAGACGUUCGAGUUCAAGGUUCAGGCCGCAGACCGCGGCGUUCCCCCGCUGAGCGGCGAGGCGAGCGUCAACGUUUUCAUCCUGGACGAGAACGACAACAGUCCCGGCAUCCUGCCGCCCUAUUCCGAGCACGGCUCGGCGAACGGCGAGAGCGUCCCCUAUUCCGCCGAAGCGGGCUACUUUGUGGCCAAGAUCAGGGCCGUGGACGCGGACUCGGGAUACAACGCGCUGCUCUCCUAUCACCUGUCCGAGCCCAAAGGCGGCGGCGGCGGCGGCGACGAGCUCUUCCGGAUCGGAAGCGGCACCGGGGAGAUUCGGACCAAGAGGAGAAUGAGUGACGAUGACCUGAAAAGUCACCCCUUGGUGGUGUUGGUGUGCGAUCACGGAGAAGCCUCCCUGUCGGCUACUGUGUCUAUUGAUGUGCUGGUGCUGGAAAGCACAGCCGACAUCCGCACUCAGUUCAGACACGUGCCCAGAAAGGAGGAGAGCUUCUCCCGUUUCCACUUGUAUCUGCUCAUCGCCAUUGCGGCCGUGUCGCUCGUCUUUCUGCUCAGCCUGCUGGCUUUCGUGGCCUUCAAGUGCCGCGGACGGACGGACGGCGCCCCGAUGAUCGCCGCCCACCCCGACGGGAGCUGGUCUUACUCCCAAGCCACUCAGCAGUAUGACGUGUGUUUGGGCUCGGACACGCUCAAGAGCGACCUGGUGCUCUUCCCCUCGCCCUUUCCGCCGGGGGAAGCGGAACUCAUCAGCAUUCACGGCGGGGACACCUUCGGCAGGACUCAGACUUUGCCUCAUAGCGAGAAGGUAGGCUGGCAAUGUUUUUGUCUUCCGAGGUUCUUUGUAUUUCUCGUCACGUGUCGAUGUCGUGCGCAUUCACGUGUCGCCAACAGUGCAACUCACAUGAAGCACGAAGUUCUCGUGGUCUUUUGAAAAGUGACUUUGAAGCCGUUGAAUUUCCGCAUUGCUUUCUGUCAAGCUGCUCGACUACGAAUCGCACCUGUGACCUCAUUUAUCGCGACGACAGCCCAUAAUCUUGACGUAACUUGUUCCGGGAAGGGAAAAGUGUGGAACGGUUCAAUUAUCGUGUGUUGUCAAUGUACGCUGUGGAACGAUGACACAAAUGUGACGCUGAGUACUUAACAUUUGAAUCUGUUGACAUCUGUAAAGGUGACAUCCUUCGAUGAAAGAGUUUGUACCCGUUUACAUACAUGGCGGCUUUUACGCAUCACUCAGGAAGGUUUUUACGUGAACUACUACUAGCUUGUUGUCCGUGGUCCUGAAAAGGUGCUUUCUUUUCGACACAUCAUCAGGAUUGUGAAUUUACAUCUUGAGAUGGACAGUCCCCUCCAAAAGUAUUGGAACAUACAUGAUUCAAUGAACUUCAAGUGAAUAACAUUCACUAUUUGGUGGCGUAACCCUUACUUGCAAUAACUGCAUCAAGCCUGCCACCCAUUGACUUCACCAGACUGUCUG